AUGCAUAUACGCCCACUCGAAGCAGCGGACAUCCCGGAUGUCGCUACAAUUGUGGCCGAUGCGAUGCUUCAUGAUGAAGUCUGGGCCUAUCUCGCUCCAAACCGGGUGAAGUACUAUUCCGAAUACCGGGCUAAUUUCCUGCUACGAACGAGGAUACGGUUCUCGUCGCCUGGAUGGGUCCUGUAUGUGGCUGCCACCGACCCCGAAGAUGAGAUAGGGACAGAACAGGGUCAGGCGCAUUGCCAGGGCAGUGGACGAGGAGGGAAAGUUGUGGGCUACUGCGCCUGGAAACGCGUCGGUGACUCUCCAGCUGCCAGGAGAUGGAAGGAGGAAAAAGAAAGUCGCGGGUGGUGGUUAGAGAGACGCCUGCUGAACAUACAGCUACGAUACGCCGACAUCUUCAACCAAAACAGAGCAAUCGAUAAUUCCAGGAUGCAGACUUACGUUUCAGUAACGGCCGGCAACUUUCCGUCAGACAUUUUCCCGGAACUUUGGUACGUGGGCAUUCUCGCAAUUCACCCCAGCUAUCAACGGAGGGGGGUUGGGAAGAUGCUGGUGCAGUGGGGGAUUGAGCACGGGAAGGCGGAGAAUGUACCCGUGGGGCUAGAGCCUAGUCUCAUGGGGAGAGGCCUAUAUAAGAAACUAGGAUUCCGCGACCUGGGAAAGGUGGAGUUCAUGGGAAGCGAAUGGGUGGCCAUGAUGCUAUGGGAGCCGCGGGGACUGAGCGCUGAGGAGAGCUGGUUUGAAAGGGCGACGGAGGUGGAGCGGAAGAAGGAGGAGGAGAAGGAGAAAGAAAAGAACAAGAGAAUAGCCCUUGAAGCAGAUGAUAUUAUAUCGACAUUGCGUGCCCCGCUGUGUAAAACCUAG